AUGGCACUGGGAAAUAACAAGACACUAUGUUCUAUAUGUAAUAAAAAUAAAAUAACAUAUUCUUGUGAUGGAUGUUCACAAAGAUUUUGUUUACUUGAUUUAACAGAACAUCGUCAAAUAUUAAAUAAUGAAUUACAUCAUAUCGCCGGUGAAUAUAAUGAAUUUAAAGAAACAAUUAAUGAACAAAGACAAAAUCCACAAAAUUCUUCAGUUAUAAAACAAAUUGAUCAAUGGGAAAGAAAUUCAAUUGAGAAAAUUCAACAAACAGCAAAAGAUUGGAAAGAAAUUGUCACUGAAUCAUUACAAACAUAUAUUAAUGAUAUUGAAAAGACAUUUAAUGAUUUAAAUGAACAAAUAAAGCAAUUUCAGAUCGAAAAUGAAUUUAAUGAAAUGGAUUUAAGUUGUUUAAAAAAUCAAUUGACAGAAAUUACAGAACAAUUAAAUAAUUCAUCAAAUAUCUCUAUGCAACAAAAUCGACAAUUAAUAAUUAAUGAUAUUUCAAUUAUUUCAUUAGAAAAAAAAAUAGAACGAUAA